AUGGAAAAGAGAGUGACGGAGAAGAUGGCGACGGAGAAGAUGGCGACGGAGAAGAUGGCGACGGAGAAGAUGGUGACGGAGAAGAUGGCGACGGAGAAGAUGGCGACGGAGAAGAUAGCGACGGAGAAGAUGGCGACGGAGAAGAUGGUGACGGAGAAAAGAGCGACAUGGGAAGAUGGCGGCGGAGAAGAUGGUGACGGAGAAGAUGGCGGCGGAGAAGAUGGUGACGGAGAAGAUGGCGACGGAGAAGAUGGCGACGGAGAGAAAAGUGGCGAAGAAGAUGGUGACGGAGAAAAGAGCGACGGGGAAUAUGGCGACGAAGAAGAUGGUGACGGAGAAGAGAAGAUAUUCGGUACAGUUAUAUAG